GAAGGAGGAGAGGGCGAAGAGGGAGAGGGAGCGGCUGGAAAAAGCCCGGAGGGAGAGGAAGGAGGAGGAGAGGAGGCACUGGGAGAGGAGGGAGCGAGAGAGGAGGGAGAGGAGGAGAGGCCACAACGAGGGGGGGAGGUCGUCCUUCAGGUCCGAGGGACACAAGCACGGCUCCUGGAGAGACGAGCGACACCACGUGGAGUCUGAGGCCAGGACGGCGACGGAGGAAGAGGACGAGUCUGGAGACUUCCCCUUCAACCUGAGUGACUUUGUGACCGUGGACGAAGUCGGAGAGGUGGCCGACCUCCCGCUGUCUCCCCCCGUUGCCAUGGAAACCUCAGAGGGAGGCGAGGAGGCCGCUACCAUGACUAACACUACCACCGUCCAACAGGAAACAUCUGGGGACACACCUGCCGAGGCCGUGACCGCGCUGAAGUCCGACGAGCCGAUGUCAGAGUCCGAACACGCGAGCGCUCCAUCGCUCGAGGCCUCGGGUCGUUCAGCGGAUCCGACGCCGGGUCCACAGACCGGCAGCCAAACACAAUCGACCGCACAUCAACCAGAAGCAGCUGAAGCCAACGCUGAGCCAGACGUUGCUCUGACGGAUCCCAGCGACCGGAGCUCAGAGGUGGAACCUCCUCCUGUUCUCCCCCCGGCAGCUUCAGCCGACUCCUCCUCACUGAGCCCGGCGGCAGGUGGAGUUAGUGCAGAUACUCGCGAGGACGGGCUCCUUAAUAAUGUAAAUAACGAGAAGGAGAAGGAGGAGAAGGAGAAGGAGGAGGAGGAGGCGACGGAUAAACAGGAGCAACAGGAGAAGACGCAGAACCAAGAGAACGCGGAGGUGAAAGAAGUUCCAGUAGAACCAGAAAAGCCAGAGAAAUCUGAAGACAACAGCAGCAACACUGGAGACGAGACGGUGAAGACCGAGUGUAAAGAGGAGGCUCCUACGAGGAAAGACCCGUCUCUGCCUCCGUUUGAUCCCAGUAACCCAGUCGGUAUGGAGUUCUUGGUUCCAAAGACGGGUUUUUUCUGCAAGGUGUGCAGUCGCUUCUUCAGCGGAGCCAAGGAGGCUGAGAUCAGCCACUGUAAAACCCUCAAACAUUACGGGAACCUGCAGAAAUACUUGGAGACGACGAAAGCAUCGAGUGCCAAGUCCGACUGCAGCUGAAUGUGGAUUGAAAACUCUUUGGCUCAACCUUUUGUUUUCCCUCUUGUACUGUAGCGUGUCCUCGUAUUUCACUAAAAAGGUCCAGAUUCUCAUACAGCUCUGGACUUAUUUCAUAAUCUGUCUCCAGUCCAAACACGACUACUUGUGUUUUUUCAUGUAGAGUCGAGGUGAAAGGAGCGGAGGCCUGUUCUCAGUUAACGGAGCGUUUUUUUCUGAACUAUCCGUAGGGUUUGGUUUUGGUUGUUACAUACAGAAGAAACGUUCAAAUAUUUUAGGGAGCUCACAUGAAUCUGGUCAUAUGUUGAAAGUGAAGCGUAAAUAUGUGCGACCUGUAUCAGAGUGGAUGGAUGGAGUCUGUGUAAGACAAAGAAAUAAACUCUUUGCUGCCUCUGA